UUCGGACAAAUCGCUUGGCAAACGGGAGCGACUGAAUAAUCAAUCUCGCUGUAUCGGCAUUGGUGGGGAAGCGGCCCGUUGGCUUGCCUCAUAGGUUCCUACUUGCAGUGAGUGCAUCGUAGCCGCCAAAGAAUUAACUACCAAGUAAAGCAAAUACACCUGCAGGAUUGGAAGGCAAAUGGACGAGACACGACGGAAUUGAUGUGCAUGCAGCGUGACAACCAGCACCUAACAUCCAAGAUCAAAGAUAAAUAAAUAUCUUGGUACCCAGCACAUACUUGUGGCAAUACAAAACAUCACUUCUCUUCUAACCUUCCAACCAAACACGACCCAAGAACUACAUUCCAUUUACGUCCUUUUUGAACCAUCAUAAGAACAAAACAUUCCAACGAUAAACAACCUCUAGAAAGAAUAAAUCCUCCACCAUCUCACACCAAACCAAUCCUCAACACAAUGGUCAACAUUAACCUCGCCUAUACCGCCCGCAUCAACCCAGAGGGCGCCACUCCAGUCCUCACAUACCCCCAGAUCUGGGCUGGUCUCCAGCGGAAAAUCCGCUUCGCACAGGAAUUCGUCCCCGUUAUCAAGGGAUGCGAAGUCCUCUCCGACCAAGAUGGCAUCGUGAAACGCAAAGUCCAAUUCCAGCUCGGCGGACCAAGCCCGGGAGGAGAGUUCAUCGAGACAGUCACAAGCUAUGAACCCAGCUGGGUAUGUUUCGAGCAGCAAGAUGGAACUCAGAUCCGCAACAUCGUUUCCGACGGUCCAUCUGGCGAGCCGGACGACCUACACAUGACGUAUGUUUUUGAGUACCGCCUUCCCAAUGUGGAGGCAGGUGAGGCGGAGGCGAAAGAGCGGAAGAGGUUACUUGCUUUGGCGAAGACGGCGGUGGAGAGCAGUAUCAAGACGAUUAGAGAGAUGGUGCAAGAUGGCAGGAUUAAGGAGUAGAGGAACUUGCCAGGAGCGCACGAUCGUCCAUAGGAGAUCAAUGAUGCACACGGGGUUUACUGAUGUGUGCGAAACAUCUUUAAUAUAAUAUGCAAGCGAAAACA